AUGCAAAUCAAGAACGUCCUGAACCUGGCCGUCGUCGGCAAUGCCCUCCUGGCCACCGCACACCCGGGUCACCAUGAGGAGCGUGAGGCCCUUCAGCAGCGCUCCUUCAAGCGCACCUUGGCCCACGGUCUGCAGAAGUGUGAGGCCAGCCUCGAGGCCAGUGGCCUCCACGCCCGCGCUGAGGCCCGUCGCCGCGCCGUUGUCGACAUGCACCGCCGUCAGCUGCAGGCCCGUGGCGACACCGCUGAGGUGCUGAACAAGUCGCACCUGUCCACCCGGCCCAUCUCGUCCAGCACCCCCGAGACCGAGGUCUUCAACGACGACAAGAAGAUCUGCCUCCUCGGUCCCAGCGCUGAGGGUGAGACCGGACCCUACUGGAUCCCCGGUGAGCACAUCCGCGGCGACAUCCGCGAGAAUGAGCCGGGUAUUCCUGUCACCGUCGAGCAGCAGUUCAUCGAUGCCGAGACCUGCCAACCUCUCAGCGGCAUCUACACCGAGAUCUGGGGCUGCAACGCCACCGGUGUCUACUCCGGCCUGGUGGCCGAUGGUAACGGCAACUCCAACGACCUGGCCAACUACAACCGCACCUUCCUCCGUGGUGUGCAGCAGACUGAUGAGGACGGAGUGGUGACCUUCAACACCCUGUUCCCCGGUCACUACGCUGACCGCACCACCCACUACCACAACAUUGUCCACUGGGGCGCCACUCUGCUGCCCAACAACACCCUGGCGGGUGGCUCCAUCCCCCACAUUGGCCAGAUCUUCUGGGACCAGGAUAUGAUCAGCAAGGUCGAGUCCACCUACCCUUACAACACCAACUCGAUCCCCAUCACCCCCAACGCGGAGGACCGCGUGGUCACCGUGGAGACCGAGAACGCCGACACCGACCCCUUCCUGAACUAUGUCUACCUGGGUGACUCCCUCGAGGACGGUCUGUUCGCCUACCUCACCGUUGCCGUCAACACCUCGGCCAUCCACUACCCCUACUGGACCAACGUGUACACUUCCACUGGCGGCGAGUCUGUCUGCGGUACCUGCGACGGUGACCCGGAUGCUGUUGACGGUGGUCUCCCCACCCCCUCUGCUUCGGCUUCUGCUUCUGCUUAA